AUGGCCGACCUGUCUACUGACGACAGCAAGUACCUGUUCCUGGAAAACGACUUCCGCAACAGCGGGGUGGCCCAAGCCGAUUGGACGGCCAAGAAGAUGGUGUGGGUACCGUCGGAGAGGGAGGGCUUUGAUGCGGCCAGCAUCAAGGAGGAGAAGGGAGAGCAGGUUCUGGUGGAGCUCUCCAACGGUCAGAAGGCGACGGUGAACAAAGACGACAUCCAGAAGAUGAAUCCACCCAAAUUCAGCAAGGUGGAGGACAUGGCCGCCCUCACCUUCCUUAACGAGGCGUCCGUCCUGCACAACCUGCGUGAGAGAUACUUCUCCAGCCUGAUCUACACGUACUCGGGUCUGUUCUGUGUGGUGGUGAACCCCUACAAGAUGUUGCCCAUCUACUCAGAGAAGAUUGUCGAGAUGUACAAGGGCAAGAAACGACACGAGGUGCCGCCGCACAUCUACUCCAUCACUGACAAUGCCUACAGGAACAUGCUGCAAGACCGGGAGGAUCAGUCCAUCCUCUGCACCGGUGAGUCCGGGGCCGGGAAGACAGAAAACACCAAGAAGGUGAUUCAGUACCUGGCUGUCGUGGCUUCUUCACACAAAGUCAAGAAGGACGUCAACCCCCAGCAGGCGGGAUCUCUGGCCUACGGAGAACUGGAAAAGCAGCUGCUGCAGGCGAACCCCAUCCUGGAGGCUUUCGGCAACGCUAAGACCAUCAAGAACGACAACUCCUCACGAUUUGGGAAAUUCAUCAAACUCAACUUUGACGUGACGGGUUUCCUCGUCGGAGCCAACAUCGACACCUACCUGCUGGAGAAGUCGCGCUGCAUCCGUCAGGCCAACACAGAGAGAGCCUUCCACAUCUUCUACUACAUGGUGGCCGGAGCCAAGGACAAGAUGAGGGACGAGCUGCUCCUGGAGGACUUCAGCAGGUACCGGUUCCUCAUGGCGGGUCACGUGGAGAUCCCGGGUCAGGAGGAUGAUGAGCUCUUUGUUGAAACUCUGGAGGCAAUGGAGAUCAUGGGCUUCACGGAGGAGGAGCGAUUAGGGAUGUUGAAGGUGGUUUCCACCGUGCUCCAGCUGGGGAACAUCACGUUUGAGAAGGAGAGGAACAGUGAGCAGGCCACCAUGCCCGACAACACCGCUGCCCAGAAGGUGUGCCACCUGCAGGGCAUCAACGUGACCGACUUCACCCGCGCCAUCCUCACGCCCAGGAUCAAGGUGGGGAGGGAGGUGGUGCAGAAGGCCCAGACCAAGCAGCAGGCUGAUUUUGCAAUCGAAGCUCUAGCUAAAGCCAUGUAUGAGCGUCUGUUCCGUUGGAUCCUGGCCAGAGUCAACAAGACGUUGGACAAGAGUAAGAGACAGUCCUCAUCCUUCCUGGGGAUCCUGGACAUCGCUGGCUUUGAGAUCUUUGAGGACAACUCGUUCGAGCAGCUCUGCAUCAACUACACCAACGAGCGGCUGCAGCAGCUCUUCAACCACACCAUGUUCAUCCUAGAGCAGGAGGAGUACAAGAGGGAGGGCAUCGAGUGGAACUUCAUCGACUUUGGCUUGGACCUGCAGCCCUGCAUCGAGCUGAUCGAGAGGCCGAACAACCCCCCAGGUAUCCUGGCCCUGCUGGAUGAGGAGUGCUGGUUCCCCAAAGCCACAGAUCAAUCAUUUGUGGACAAACUGCUGAACACUCACACGGGUCACGUCAAGUUCUCCAAACCCAAACAGCACAAAGACAAGCUGAUGUUCACUGUGCUGCACUACGCCGGGAAGGUUGAUUAUAACGCAGCCAGCUGGCUGACCAAGAACAUGGACCCUCUGAACGACAACGUAACGGCUCUGCUCAACAACUCCUCCAGCAGCUUCAUCCAGGACCUGUGGAAAGACGUGGACAGAGUGGUGGGUCUGGAUACCAUCACCAAAAUGUCUGAGAGUUCUGCUCCCAGCUCCACCAAAUCCAAGAAGGGCAUGUUCCGUACGGUGGGGCAGCUGUACAAAGAAUCUCUGGGCAAAUUGAUGACCACACUGCACAACACGCAGCCCAACUUCGUCCGCUGCAUCAUUCCCAACCAUGAGAAAAGGGCAGGAAAGAUGGACUCUCAUCUUGUUCUGGAGCAGCUCAGGUGUAACGGAGUGCUGGAGGGCAUUCGCAUCUGCAGACAAGGAUUUCCGAACCGCAUCGUGUUCCAGGAGUUCAGACAGAGGUAUGAAAUCCUGGCAGCGAACGCCAUCCCUAAAGGCUUCAUGGAUGGGAAACAGGCCUGCUGCCUCAUGGUAAAACACCUGGAUCUGGACCCAAACCUGUACCGCAUCGGACAGAGUAAGAUGUUCUUCAGGACGGGGGUUCUGGCGCAGCUGGAGGAAGAGCGAGACAUCAAACUGACCGUGGUCAUCAUCGCCUUCCAGGCACAAGCACGAGGCUUCUUGGCUCGAAAGGCUUUCAGCAAACGUCAGCAGCAGCUGAGCGCCAUGAAGGUCAUCCAGAGGAACUGUGCUUGCUACCUCAAACUCAGGAUCUGGCAGUGGUGGAGGCUGUUUACUAAGGUGAAGCCCCUGCUGCAGGUGACCCGACAGGAAGAGGAAAUGGGUCAGAAAGAGGAGGAGCUAAAGGCAGUCAGGGAGGCGGCGUCGAAGGCUGAGGCCGAGCUGAAGGACAUCAGUCAGAGACACUCUCAGCUGGCUGAGGAGCGAACGCAGCUGGAGCUGAAGCUGCAGGCGGAGACGGAGCUGUUCGCCGAGGCUGAGGAGAUGAGGGUGCGUCUGGAGGCCAAGAAGCAGGAGCUGGAGGAGGUUCUGCAUGAGAUGGAGGCUCGGCUGGAGGAGGAGGAGGAGCGCAGCAUCUCGUUGCAGCAGGAGAAGAAGGACAUGGAGCAACAAGUCCAGCUGAUGGAGGCGCACAUCGCAGAGGAGGAGGACGCUCGGCAGAAGCUACAGCUGGAGAAACUUGCUGUGGAGGGGAAGGUGAAGAAGCUGGAGGAGGACGUCCUGCUCAUGGAGGACCACAACAACAAGCUACAAAAGGAACGGAAGCUUCUAGAGGAGCGUCUGGCUGACAUGAGCUCCAACCUGGCCGAGGAGGAGGAGAAGUCUAAGAACCUGAGCAAACUGAAGAGCAAACAUGAGUCCAUGAUCUCCGAGCUGGAGGUGCGUCUUAAGAAGGAGGAGAAGGCUCGUCAGGACGUGGAGAAGGCCAAGAAGAAGGUGGAGGCGGAGCUGGCUGAGCUGCAUGAGAGCUACGCCGACCUGCAGGCCCAACUAGACGAACUCCGAGCUCAGUUAGCAGCUAAAGAAGAAGAGCUGCAGGCUACACUGAACCGUUUGGAGGAGGAGAGCAAUCAGCGCGGAGUUGCGGUGAAGCGAGUUCGGGAGUUGGAGAUGAUACUCUCGGAGCUUCAAGAAGACCUGGAGGCAGAGAAGAUGGCGAGGGCGAAGGCUGAGGUGGCUCAACGGGACCUGGGGGAGGAGCUAAACGCUCUGCGCUCCGAGCUGGAGGACAGUCUGGAUACCACCGCAGCCCAGCAGGAGUUACGGGCGAAGCGUGAGCAGGAAGUGUCCAUGCUGAAGAAAGCCAUGGAGGACGAGAGCCGGAACCACGAGGCCCAAAUCCAGGACCUCAGACAGAAACACAGCCAGGCGGUGGAGGAGCUCACCGAGCAGCUGGAUCAAGCCAAGAGGGUGAGGUCCAAUCUGGAGAAAUCCAAACAAGCCCUGGAGAAGGAGUCGGCAAACCUGAGUUCAGAACUUCGAUCAUUGGCCAGUUCCAAACAGGACGUGGAGCACAAGAAGAAGAAGAUGGAGGCUCAGCUGAACGACUUAAACUCCCGCUUCAACGAGGGCGAACGGCAGAGAAAAGAGCUCGAAGAGCGGGUCUCCAAGACGACUAUGGAGCUGGAUAGUGUGACGAGUUUCCUGAACGAAGCUGAGGGAAACAACAUCAAGCUGAGUAAAGAUGUCUCCAGUCUGUCUUCUCAGCUUCAGGACACUCAGGAGCUGCUGUCUGAGGAAACCCACCAGAAGCUGAAUCUGUCUGCACGUUUGAGGCAGAUGGAGGAGGACAGGAACAGCCUGAUGGAGCAGAUGGAAGAGGAGACGGAGGCCAAACGGUCCAUGGAGAGACAGGUGUCCAGCCUCAACAUGCAGCUAUCUGACCACAAGAAGAAGCUGGAUGAGCUGUCAGCGACAGUAGAGCAGCUGGAGGAAGGGAAGAGGCGCCUGCAGCGUGAGCUGGAGGCGGCUGUCGGCGAGUACGAGGAAAAGGCUUCAGCCUACGAUAAGCUGGAGAAGAGUCGUGGGCGUCUUCAGCAGGAGCUGGAGGACGUCCUGAUGGACCUUGACGCCCAGAGACAGCUGGUGUCCAACCUGGAGAAGAAGCAAAAGAAGUUUGACCGGAUGGUGGCAGAGGAGCGAGCCGUGUCAUCGAAGUUCGCAGAGGAGCGAGAUCGAGCAGAGGCUGAGGUGAGGGAGAAGGAGACCAGGAUUUUAGCUCUGACCAGAGCUCUGGAGGAGAAACACGAGGUCCUGGAGGAAGCAGAGAAGACCAUGAAGGCCCUCCGAGCUGAGAUAGAGGAUCUCGUCAGCUCCAAGGACGACGUGGGGAAGGACGUUCAUGACCUGGAGAAGGUGAAGCGAGGCCUGGAGGCCAUCGUGGAGGAGAUGAGGAUGCAGAUGGAGGAGCUGGAGGACGAGCUGCAGGUGGUGGAGGACACCAAGUUGCGUCUGGAGGUCAACAGUCAGGCUGUGAAGGCUCAGCAUGAGCGGGAGCUGCAGGCCCGUGAGGAGAUGGGCAAGGAGAAGAGGAAGCAGCUCCUCAGACAGGUGCGUGAGCUAGAGGCGGAGCUUGAGGAGGAGAGGAAGCAGCGAGCUCAGGUGUCUGCCGCCAAGAAGAAGCUGGAGGGAGAGUUGAAAGACACGGAGGAGCAGCUGGAGGCCACCAGCAGGGGGCGAGAGGAGGUGCUGAAGCAGCUCCGCAAAGUCCAGGUGCAGGUGAAGGAGCUCCAGAGGGAGCUGGAAGACUCCCGUUCAGCUCAGAAGGAGGUGGUUUCUGCAGCCAGGGAGUCAGAGCGCAAAUCCAAGAUGAUGGAGGCAGAGAUGGUCCAGCUGCACGAGAUGUUGGCAGCUGCCGAUCGAGCUCGGAAACAGGCGGAGACGGAGAGAGACGAGCUGUCGGAGGAGCUGAGCACCAACUCCUCUGGGAGGUCUAUGAUGUUCGACGACAAACGGCAUCUAGAGGCGAAGAUCAGUCAGCUGGAGGAGGAGCUGGAGGAGGAACAGGUGGCCCUGGAGAACCUGAAUGAGCGUCUGAGGAAGAGCCAGCAGCUGGUGGACCAGCUGGGAGCAGAACUUACAGCAGAGAGGUCUUCCUCUCAGACCAAAGAUGGAUCCAGGCAGCAACUGGAGAGACAGAACCGCGAGCUGAAGGUCAAGUUGCAGGAGCUAGAGAAUCAGGGCCGCUCCAAGCUGAAGGCUUCCAUCUCUGCUUUGGAGGCCAAGCUGAGGGAGGCUGAGGAGCAGCUGGAAGUGGAGAGCAGAGAGCGUCAGGCCAACACCAAGAACCUGCGGCAGAAGGAGAAGAAGCUGAAGGAUCUGAGCGCCCAGAUGGAGGAUGAGAGGAAGCAGGCACAGCAAUUCAAAGACCAGGCAGAAAAGGGCAAUGUACGGCUGAAGCAGCUGAAGCAUCAGCUGGAGGAGGCAGAGGAGGAGGCGCAGCGCAUGGCGGCCGCCCGCAGGAAGCUGCAGAGAGAGCUGGAGGAGGCCACGGAGGCCAACGAUGCCCUCAGCAGGGAGGUGUCCACGCUCCGCAGCAAACUCAGGUAA